AUGCUAUUGUCUGUCUGGGUGUGGUCUGCAGUUUUGCUUUUUAUCUUCCGUUAUCUGCGACUGGUUGUCAAUCUGAUUUCCAAUUGGACAUACAGACCUGUGCCUGUCCCCAACAAACCCAGCUACACCAACAACGAUGUCACUGUCAUUAUUCCGACUAUCGAAGGCGAGGGGGAAAAUCUUUGCCGGACGAUAAAGACCUGCCUAUCAACAUAUCCUUCUGAGAUCAUCGUUGUUACUAUCGAUGCUAGCAUCAAAAGAGCCGAGAGGACUGCUGCAUCUCUCAACAGCAGUAAGAUCCGCAUACUGAGUGUUGCGAAGGCCAACAAGCGCAGUCAGAUGUGUGCUGCCAUACCUGAAGUGACGACUCCAAUCACUAUAUUUGCAGAUGAUGAUGUGAUAUGGCCAAAGACCAUCUUGCCAUGGAUACUCGCGCCUUUCGAAGACGAUGAGAUGGGCGGUGUAGGCACAUCUCAGCGUCUAAUGCGUCCCAAGAAGAUGACUGUGUGGAGCUUUCUCGGCUCCCUUUACUUGGAAAGACGCAACUUCGAUUGCUCUGCAUGUCUUCACAUCGACGGGGGUCUGCCUUGCCUUUCGGGGAGGACGGUUGCCUACAGAACGCGGAUCCUACAAGACGAGGACUUCACAUGGGGCUUUACGAACGAAACGUGGAGAAACUUCCAGCUCAAUGCUGACGACGACAAUUUCAUCACUCGCUGGAUGUAUAAACAUGGUUGGAAAAUUUUCAUGCAAUACCACAAGGCUUGCGAGGUACAGACAACUCUCGAAGAUGGUCCAAAGUAUCUGAAACAGUGUCUUCGCUGGGUACGCAGCAACUGGAGAAGCAACUUAACAAGUAUGUUCGUCGAAAGAUAUUACUGGAGAUUGACGCCCUGGACGACUUACGCGGUGUUCCAAACCACCUUGACUGCAUGGGCUUUCACGGAUCUCCUCCUAUUCUUUUCCGUCUACAAAGCAACCGAGACUCUGCCAGCAGGCGAUCGACAGAAGACCCUCACUGCAAUUGGCAUCUGGAUAUUUGUGAUUGCCAAGUCAUUAAAGCUCUAUGGUCACUGGAUUCGCUAUCCAGCUGACAUUCUUUGGUUGCCGAUUUCAGUGGCAUUUGGAUAUGUCCAUGGUUUCAUCAAGCUCGCAGGACUGAUGACUCUUUCUGCUACCUCCUGGGGAAGUCGUGACGGUGCAGACGAAGACAAUCAAUACAGAAUGAUCAAACUUCCUCCUUACGACACAGGCGACCUUGAAGCUUCUCCUCAGCUGGCCUCGAUUUCUGCCACUUCACUACCGAUGACACAUCACCCCCCUCCUUACAACAAACACGCGCCCGACGAGACUUGCCCACUGCAGGGCCGCUAUAGCCACGACUUAUGA